CAAGAGACCCCGUCGCGUUUUGACCCUGCGAAACCUCCCCGCACACCGCCACCACCACCACCACCAUCACCACUCCUCUUCCUCCUCCUCCUCCUUCUUCUUCUCUCCUCUUGAGACAGAAAACACCAUCGCUCACUCCCAGCCGUGACAUUUUCCAGCCUGUCGCCGUAUGCUGCGCGGACAGCGAGCACAAGGAGCCAAAAAGGAAGGGACGCUUUCUGUCUGCCCUCCACAGCCACCGAGCAUCCCGACGGGCUGCGAGCCGGAGCGAGAGGCGCACCAGGCGGAGGCGAGGCGCUGCAGGAAACCGCUGCUCCCUUACACCGGGUUUCUGGACUACACCGGACACGGCCCGAACAGGACUGGAUAUUUACGUCUCGGACCACGGGGACACAGGAAGGGGGCAAAGCUCGCUGGACUAACCGAGCAGCGCAUCAUCAUCUCCGGUGUAGGACUGGCUGUCGAGGCGCAUGGAGAAGAGGUAUGAAGAGCUGGUGCACUACUCAGGGUCGGAGGGCAUGUCGGUGGGGGGGUACGGGGACGAUGUCAGGCCGCUUCCUCCCCCACACUACGGACCCACCAUACCCGACUCCCUCAAACACCACAAAGACCAGAUCUACGGUCACCCACUGUUUCCACUGCUGGCCUUAGUGUUUGAAAAGUGCGAGCUCGCCACCUGCUCCCCUCGAGACUCCGCCUCCCUCUCAGCCACCUCCCACCUCCCCGGCAUGACCAAUCACAGCGACGUCUGCUCCUCUGAAUCCUUCAACGAUGACAUCGCCGCAUUUGCAAAACAGUCAUUUGGUUUUUUUGCGUCGCAGAUCCGUUCGGAGAAGCCCAUAUUUUCUUCCAAUCCUGAGCUCGACAACUUGAUGAUCCAGGCCAUACAGGUUCUUCGCUUUCAUUUACUGGAGUUAGAGAAGGUGCAUGAUCUGUGCGAUAACUUCUGCCACCGCUACAUCACCUGUCUAAAGGGCAAAAUGCCCACAGACCUCAUCCUGGACGACCGGGAGGGCGGCUCCAAGUCUGACAUGGAGGACUUCACCGGAUCCUGCACCAGUCUGUCGGAGCAGAAUGCAUCGUGGUUACGGGAGCCAGAUGAAUGUGCCACGACUCCCCUGGGAACGCCAGGCACCUGCGGCCUGCCUUCACACAGCACAGCAGACAACUGUAGCGACACAGGCGAUGGUCUGGACGGAGGAGCUGCCUCCCCCAGUACAGGAGACGACGACGACUCCGACAGAGACAGGAGGAACAACAAGAAGCGGGGAAUCUUCCCCAAAGUGGCCACAAACAUCAUGAGAGCGUGGCUCUUCCAGCACCUGUCGCACCCGUACCCGUCUGAGGAGCAGAAGAAGCAGCUGUCCCAGGACACAGGACUGACCAUCUUACAGGUCAACAACUGGUUCAUCAACGCCAGGAGGAGAAUAGUUCAGCCGAUGAUUGACCAGUCAAAUCGCUCAGGUCAGGGUGGCCCGUACAGCCCAGAGGGAGCAGCUCUUGGGGGCUACGGGCUUGACGGACAGGCCCACCUUGGGCUACGAACAGCAGGUCUCCAGGGGAUGUCUUCUCUGCAGGGUGACUACCCAGGCGCUCUACUGUCCCAACCAGGCUAUCCUCCCCACCCGGGACCCUCCCUCCACCCUUACCCGGGCCCUCACCCCCAUGCCGCCAUGCUGCUCCACCCGCCGCCACAUGCACACCCCGCAGAGCCACUCCUCGCCCAGGGACUGGACAUACAUGCACACUAGUUGUGGGGGGGGGAGUCGGAGUUAUGUGUGUGUGUGUGUGAGGGAAAUGUACUGUAUGAAUGUGUGAGUGUGUGCGGUGAGAUAUGAGUGUGCGUGUGUGUGUGUGCUGUGUAUGUGUGAUGACGCAUACUGAACACUAUUUAUAGAAAAAAAGACACAUUGCUCCAAAAGUUUACAUUCCCCACUGAAAGACACUGACCUCAAUGUAGCUGUUCCACUCACUCACACACAUACGAGUAGACAUAAACAUUACACUCAAACACACACACACACACACACACACACACAUACACACACACACACACACACACACAGUCUGGACCCACAGGUUUAAGCCAUACCUCUUUCAGAGUAGAAGUGCUUCCUCCUCUCCAAAUGUCUCCACUGUGUCCUGUGGGUGAGACACAUGCUUUAAACCACACUUCCCAUCAUGCCUGCUGAACCACAAGACGACAGUCGAACGGCUCGAAGAGACAGAUGAAUAUUUGUCCCCAGACUUUGCGACAGCACACGGACGUUACUGGAUGGGACUCGAUCCUGUGAACACGCCUUCUUCACUUCUCCCUGUCUUCCUGCACUCGUUGACUGUCACACACACAAACACACACACCUUCACACACACUUUACUCAAAGCUGAUUUGAGUUUUUUCUUAUUCUAUUUUUAUAUUUAUGUGUGCCACUCCAGGCAGAUGCAGCUUCACGUGAGCUUGUCGAAAUAUUAGUGCUCUUCCUCAGCAUGAAGCUAAACACUAUGAAUGACUUCCAGUCUGCCUCGCUCUCGUACCACUGACCUCCUUAAGAUGCCAACAGGCGUCCGUUACCUUAGGAUCUUUCCUACACACAUGCAAACACACAACAUACACACACAUAGCAGCAACACUGAAAGCCAUUUCCACACACACACACACACACAUAUACAUAUACAUAUACAUAUACAUACACAAACACACACACACACACACAGACACAAAAUCUCUGUAAGCAUUUCUAGUACAUUUUUUGUGUGUCACGGUAGUGUGUGAGGGGAGCUGCAGCCAAAGGACUCUUGAAACAUUCGGCUCCCUCUCCACUCUGCUCGGACUGCUGAAACAUUUCUGAAUGAUGAUGGGAAAUACAGUUAAAGUAUUAAAAUGUUUUUUUUGUAAGACUUGUC